CUUGCUGCAGUUAGUAUGUACCAUGGUUUGGUUAUUUUCUUAUAUUAAGGACGCUUUUAAGCGUUGUGAGGAUGCUGCUUGUCGUGAUGAGCAUGACCCUUCGCUUGUUGCUAGUGCUACUGGUACCACUCUCCCACCAACUCGGUCUGAACUAGGCAGGGCUGGUUGGUUGUAUUUACAUUCUCUGGCUGCAAAUUUUCCUGACAAUCCGACUGAGUUAGACUCCCUUCGUGUUAAAGCUUGGUGUUAUUCCUUUGCUGAGCUUUAUCCAUGUCACAUUUGCAAGGACGGUUUGGUUGAGAUAUACAAGCGCAUUCCUCCGGUAACUGACAACCGUCGUCAGUUUCUGUUAUGGACACACGAUCUACACAAUGCAGUAAACCGUGACUUAUCAUAUCCGGUUUUUAAUGCUACUUAUGAGGACUUGCUGCGCAAGUACGGGCCUGGUGGCAACGUAUAAAUAACUGCCAAUGAAUUUGAUU